AUGAGUUUCAUAAAAAAAAUUUUAAGCAGGUUAAAUAUAAACAGAACAAAUGGGGGAAAGAAUAAUUUCCUAGUGUUAGAAAAAAAAGAAAAAUUGGAGCCCCCUUACAUAUAUUUAUCCUUAUCUGCAUGUAUGCUUGGACUAUCCUUUGCUUUUGUUCCACUCUAUCAGCUAUUUUGUCAAUCAACUGGAUAUGGAGGAACAAUACAAAAUAAAAUAGAUAUCAGUAAAAUAGUGGAAAAAGGGAAGAAAAAUAAUAAAAAUAGAUUAAUUGAAGUCAACUUUACCAGUCAGUCUAACAUGCCAUGGAUAUUUGAACCGGAACAAAAAAGUAUAAUUGUAAAACCUGGUGAAACCGUGUUAGCAUUUUAUAAAGCUAAAAAUUUACUUGAAAAACCAGUUAUUGGGAUAGCCCUGUAUCAUGUUUUACCGGACGAGGCAGGUCUAUACUUUAAUAAAAUUCAAUGUUUUUGUUUUGAAGAACAGAUGCUAAAUGCGAAUGAAGAAAUUGAUUUACCUGUUUUGUUUUUUAUUGAUCCAGACAUUUUAAAUGAUUCUAGAUUAAAAAAUUUGGAAAAAAUUACACUAUCAUACAUUUUUUUUGAAUCUGAUUCAGAAAUACCAGAGGAAUAUAAGCAUCUUUCAAUGGCUAUAGCACCAAGGAAAAGGGAGGAAAUUCAAGUUUUUUGA